AACUUCGCUGCUAUACAGCUUCAGAAACCCAAACUCCUCCUCCUCCUCCUCCAGAGCAGCUUCCUCCUUCUGGAGGAACUUCAGCUUUCUCCAAGGAUAUAAACACACUGUUUACAGCUCUUAUCCACCAAAGACCACCUCAGGAUUGUUUACAAAAUAUGAGUUUAAUCCACUUAAAGGCCGGAGGAACAGGCGGGAAAAGCGCCUCUCACUCACUCUGAGGAACUUUUACAAACUUUUACUGCUGCUGUUUCUCCCCCUCGGUGUUCGGCGCGUCUGUCCAGCUAAACCUUUCCAUGUUUUAAGAGGACAACGGACUCAGUCUUAUCGUGGAUGGAUAUUAUACGAUGAUUUUGUGGGACUUGUGUGUUUUGGUUCCUCCUCCUGAAUCCCGCUGGAUGCUAGCGUUAGCGAUAGCUUUAGCGUUAGCUUUAGCAUUAGCGCACCAUGGCAAAGCCGCGGCAGCUUAUUUCCACUCUAACUAGAGUCAUUUUCGAGAGAAACUAACCAAUAUUUGCAUUUCCUGUAUCUUUAGGCAGGUUUUACGCUCUUCGGUGGAUUUACAGCUCGAAAAGAGCAGACGUUCCCUCAAGACUUUGCCAAGAUUUGUUUGUUUAGCGUUAGUUGUGCUCCACAAUGCCGCAGCUCAGCGGAGACGAACUGGGAGCAAAAGACGAGCUGAUAUCGUUUAAAGACGAAGGAGAACAAGAGGAGAAAACUGCCGAAAACGUGUUCUCAGAGAGAGAUUUAGACGAUGUGAAAUCUUCUCUGGUGAACGAGUCCGAAAACACCAGCAGCUCAUCGGACUCUGAGCAGAGGGACAGACGAGCUCAGCGCCGACCGGAGCGAGACGGCUGUGAGAAACAGAGAGAGAGUUUAGCUGAAGCUCUGAGGUUUCAGCAGGAUGUGGGGCUGUUUAAAGCUCCUCCGUAUGCUGGUUAUCCAUUUCUGAUGAUCCCAGAGUUGACCAACCCCUACAUCCCCUCUGGAUCUUUGUCUCCCAGUGCUUACCUGCCGAUGAAGUUUCCUCUUCUCGAUGUACCUGGAAUCAGAGACUCCAUCACAGCAGGAACUUUACCCCCCCAUCAUGUUCACCCUCUCACCCCACUGCUCUCCUACAGUAACGACCAUUUCCCUCCCAGAACCCCACCACACCUCUCACCUGACAUCCUAGACCCAAAGACAGGUGCCCCACGCACACCCCAUCCGUCAGAGCUCUCCCCGUAUUAUCCCCUCUCCCCAGGCACGGUGGGGCCGCUCGGCUGGAUCGUGCCACAGCAGAGUCAACCUAUGUACUCAAUUCCAGCUGCAGGAUUCAGAUCCCCAUACCCAACUCUCAGUAUGACCCCCUCACUAUCCAGUCUGGUCUCCAGUCGUUUUUCUCCUCGUGUUGUUCCUCCUGCGUGUCUGAGACAGGCCGCUGCUGUUCCUUCUUCGGCCACCAUCUCUCCGUCCAUCAAACAGGAGCGGAACGGUAACUCCGCUCACAGGUCAGUUAAGUCGUUGGUGUCGGCUCAGAGGAGUGAAGAAGUGAGAGCUGAAGAGCAGAAGCUGUAUGUUAAAAAGCCUCUGAAUGCCUUCAUGCUGUAUAUGAAGGAGAUGAGGGCUAAAGUGGUGUCGGAGAGUUCGCUGAAGGAGAGCGCCGCCAUCAACCAGAUCCUCGGACGCAGAUGGCACUCUCUGUCAAGAGAGGAACAGGCUAAAUACUACGAUCUGGCAAGGAAAGAGCGGCAGCUUCACUCUCAGCUUUACCCCAGCUGGACUGCCCGCGAGAACUAUGGGAAGAGGAAAAAAAGAAAGAGAGAAGAUAAAGCUGAAAACAGUGUAGAGGGUGAGUUCUCUCUGCAGCAGAAGAAGGUGUGUGUGUCAAUGCCGGCGGUGGAGAAGAUGUGUGACAGUCCGGCAUCGUCUCUCAGCAGCAUGUUGGACUCUCCGGACACACCGUCCGUCUGUCUGGCCUCGCCAGCCGCUCCGGCGCCGACGCACUCUGAACAGGCGCAGCCGCUCUCCCUCACCACCAGACCACGCUCACCACACUCACAUUGCUCCCCAAACACUAAACCAUUUCCAUCAUCGUCAUCGUCUUCUUCAUCCAGCCUCUUCCGCUCUGCUCCCUUCCACCAAGCAGCGCUGAUCUCCCAUCACGCCCUGUUGCAGACGCAGCCCCUCUCAUUGGUCACAAGACAAACUGACUGAUUGUGUUCUAUGCUACUAUGACUUUCAGAUGAUCAUCACUUUCUCACCUUUUAUACACUUAAGAGCACAUUUUUUUUUAUAUCAGUAUGAAAAAUGAUUAUUGGUCAAUAUUUGACUUUCAUCUGUUUUACCUCUGAAACAAAAAUUUUUUUUUUCUUUUUUUCUCUAAAUAUUUACCUUUUUUCUACACUUUUCUCAGCGUUUCUACUUGUAUAAAAACAUGCAUAGAAGUUCUCUUUGUUUUCUUUAAAAAAACAAAAAAACAAAAAAAAAAACAGUUUGUAGUUGUAGGUUCAGUUCUGUAGCAGUUCUUUUUCCUGUUCUGGGUAUGUUUAUUAACAGUGUGUCAGAUUGUAACUAAUAAACAUCCUGUAGUGCUGUUGAAGGAGGAACGGC